AUGUCAAACUGGUACGAUUUACCACCGGAGAUCCGUCUCACGAUCUUGAGACAAUUAGAAAAACAUCCUCAAAAGAGUGCCUACGCAGCUGUUUCUAGAGAAUGGCAGGCCGUGAUCGAGAAAAGCACUUUUCGUCGCCUAAAGCUCAAGGAAGCCUGUCUUGAUGCAUUCGAUCAGAUGACCCAGCGUCAACGAGGAUUAGUUCGACAUGUUUGCUUGGAUAUCGAGCUUCAGAGAUAUGCCUGUCAAUCCUGCGGGCGGCUGGAAUCAGAAACAUGGAGACGGGCCAACAACAGACUCGCCACUCGUGCCCUUUACAAGCUAUUUUCCAUUCUCAGUACCUGGGAACCGACUCGGGAAGGGCUGACACUGGAGCUUCAUGCAUAUUCGACGAGCGAUAAAGAACACUGGUUGAAAACAUGUUACCUUGGAACCUUGGAGGAGGACGAACUUCUCGAUUCAGGUCUACCGCUAAACACCAACGAGAUUGAUGAUCCGAGCCAUGGCUGGGUUCAAGGCAGACAGGCCUCACUGCCUCCAAAAGAUGCGAUGCGACGGAUCUACGGGGGUCUUGAUAUCAAAUUCAAUAGGCAACUUCCCCAAGUACAGGUGGUCACCAAAUUCCUUCUUGGCCGACAAUGCCGUCGGCAGUGGACGCCGCCCACGUUGGAGCAAAUAUGGGAAAAACUCCCACGGCUGGAAGAAAUUGUAUAUGAACCAUGGCAGCUUUUUGAGAAGCCCCUCCAAGAUUUCCAGAGAGACGGUGAAUACUACAAGAUGGUGACCUCACAUCUGCCGGCGCAACUCAAAAAACUAUCCGUAUUUGAAGACUUUAACGAGACCUUACUAUCCGUAUUUGAGAAAUCCAGUCACUCCUUUUAUGCGUUCUUCCCAACCGGGCAAAGCUAUAUCGGCUCGAUGAACCCAGAUCGCGUGAGGGGGCCGUCUCGACAGGUCGCCGAGGGCUUCGCAGCGAGGAGCCUCGACCUCGAACACCUAUCCGUCGCAUUUAUGGCCGAGGCGCGGCAUUUCAUAGACGGGGUCAAGAAGACCUGGAAAUGGCGUGAGCUGCGAUCGCUCUCUCUCACGUCACGGCUGAUGGACCGCGAGUCCAAUUCUCUAGAAAUUUCGCAUUUGCUGCGAGAUGCUGGAGCGGCCGCGCUUCGCAUGCCGAAACUGGAGAUGAUGAACAUCUGGAACGGUGCGCAGGGAGAGGCUUGUGCGUUCAUGUAUCGACAAGAGGACUCUUCCAUAGCUUGGCGGGGAACCUGGGAGUUCAAAUUUUCGCGUGAUGUAAUUCAGAGGUGGAAGAAGGUAGUGUCCCGUUUUGCGAGAGAUGAGUUGCGAGUGAGGCUUCAACUACUUGAUUGCGAGAUUUUGUCUCACGGAGACGCAAUUCAUCAUUUGGGUUUGGACUUCGUGAUUGACCAUACGGAGAGAGAGUGA